AUGGCGCUGCGCGGGGCUCCGGCCUGUGGCCGCUGGCUUGCGCGCAUGCUGGUGGCGCCGGGGCUGGCCCGGGUCUCCUCUCCGGGGAUGGCCGCCGCCGCCUCGGCCCUACCACUGGCCGGGUUCCUCCCGCUCCGGGCCGGUUCCUCCCGCUCUGGCCCGCCACCGGCCGGCUUCCUCCCACUCCGGCCUGUGGUUUCCUCGGCUCCGCCACUGUCCGGGUGCCUCCCGCUCCGGACCGUCGUGCGGUUUGCCAGCACCGCCGGGCAGGGGCCGCAGGCCGAGGGUCCGCAACGGCGGGUGGUGGUGGUGAGGAUCACCAGCCCCUUCGUCUGGCUCCGCACCCGCUUCUAUUACCUUCUCAUUCGCCUCUACUUCGACCAGGAGUUCAGCAUCGAGGAGUUUACGCUUGGGGCCAAGCAGGCCUUUUCCGUUGUUUCAAAGCUGCUGUCUCAGCGUAAACUUGACCUCCUGGAUGAACUUGUAUCAGCAGAGGUACUUCAGGUGCUGAAGGAAAAGAUUUCUGUGCUCCCUGACAACUACAGGGAUGCUUUAGCAGCUGACAUUGAUGCAAUCAUGUAUACAACAGAAGGAGAUGUUCGCAUUUACUAUGAUGAUGAUGGAAGAAAGUUUGUUAGCAUCCUGAUGCGUUUUUGGUACCUGAAUGGUGCCAACCUACCUGAUGAAGUACCAGGUGAAGCCAAAGUUUUCCAGAUCAUGUUUGGAGAUGAAAGCAAAAAGGAAAAAAGGCAUCUUUUAACAGCAAACUAUGAGUUCCAAAGGGAAUUUACAGAAGGAGCAAAACCAGACUGGACAAUUACACGGAUUGAACAUCCAAGGCUAUUAGAAUAAAUAGCCUUCUGCAGUCUUUUUAUGUACCAUUGUGAAUGUUCUGAUUUAACAAAUAUCUGGCUCUUUUUGGUCUCUUUUUUUUCCCUCUUCCUGCCUUUUCCUCCGAAAGAGGGAUGGAUUUUUUUAUGUUUGACUUUUCAGACUUGUUUCUGAGGCUUGCACUGGGCUGCAGCUUUACAAUAAAGCCUUUUCCCUGGAGAAGGCAAGUGUAGUCGGUGCUAAUGCUCGCCCAGGGCAUUCACACAGCACAGUUCCACAUGGUACUAUGAGUGUGUCAGCCACUUGCAUCCUGAGAAGAAAUGGUACUACUUGAACAAACAACACUUUCUUGGCUGGUGGCCCUUCCCAGUUAUUUUCCUGUGUUUCUUUUUUCUGUAGAGACUGUACAAUAUAUAACUGAAUAAUAAGCAAGGUGAAAUAGAGGUAGAUGGACAUCUUAGAUUGUCUAGUGAUGGACUUUUAGAUUGUCUAGUGAUGGGCUUUUAGAUUGUUUAGUGAUGGACUUCUGAGAUUUUCUAGCCUCAGUGGUUCAUUAUGAGGUUACCUUGCUUUCAAAUAUGUUUAAAAUUAAGAAAUAGCCAUUAUCAGUAUUUGGUAUAGGAUUGGAAAAAGCAAAAAUCUUCUACUAUUGCACUGGAAGAAGGGAUCUGAGAUAUAGAUAUGUAUUUUUUGAAAAAUAAACCCAACAUUCCUUUCAAUUUGGUAACAUCCAGGCAGUUCCAAGUUCAGAGGUUAAUGAAAGAAAAAUCAUCUGAAAACAUGACUUUAAAAGUGGAGAUGACAGUGAAGCUAAAGGAACCCCUCUGAAAUGCUUUUUGAAAUUAACAAAUCAUUAAAAUUAGA